AUGUUUUAUAUUGCUCUUCUCUUCUUUUUAAAUCUUGUUUUUGGUAAAGAUGUACAGAUAACUGAAGACUUAUUUAGGACUAUUCUUGAUGAAAGCUUUAUUACUGUUGUUGGUUUUCACAAAGGAGAUAAUGAUACUGUUAAUCAAUUAAAGGUGUUAGAAAAAAAAUUAUCAAAUUCAGUCAUCACUUACCUUGAUAUUAAUUGUAAUGAAAAUGAAAUUAUCUGUACUUCACACGACAUUCAUAAAUGUCCUGUAUUUGCUAUUUACCAUCAGUUUAUUAGUACUUUUUAUGAUAAAAUUGACGACGUUUUAAUCAAUGAUUUACAAAAUAUCAUUUAUGGAAUAAGAGAGAUUAAUUCAACAGAAUUAAAUAAAAUGAUUUCAAAUAACCAAACUUUCGUACUACUUCAGUACACAUCUCAAGAAAUUAUUAAUGACUUUUUGUUUCUAGCAAGGGCUAUUCGAAGAAUUCCUUUUUAUAGUAUAAAUGAUACUUAUAAAUCUCUUAUUCUUUAUAAUGAUGAAUUUAUACCUUUACAGCUUCCAUUAGAUUUAGAUAUGAACAUACUUUUUAAGGCUAUCAAUUCUUAUUCAAACCCAAUUGUUUCAAGUUUAAAUGCAAAUAUAAUUAAAAGAAAUUUUAGAAAUAGAGACAUUAUAGUUUUCUACAACAAUGAAAUCAAUGAAAAUGAUCUUGUAGAAUUAAAAAAAAUUGCUUUGGAAAAUUAUCUUUGGUUAGUUACUUAUGUUGAUAACAAAAAUGAAAUACUUGAUUUAUUACCUGUCAAAGAAGCUCCUGCUGUCUUUUCUUAUUCAAUGAAAACAUUAGAACCAACUAUUCCAUUGAAAUUAUCUGAAGAAGGAAAAUGGUCAGAGAUUAGAGAGUAUAUUAAAGGAUGUAGUAAUGGUAGUGUGGAACAAUUCAUAAAAAAUAGUGAUCCAAUUGAUGAAAAUAAGCAAGGGUUAGUUCAUGAAAUUAAUGCCAAGCAACUAGAAGCAUACAAACAUGAUUAUAAAGAUUUAAUUUUGUUAGUUUGUGAUAGUGUUUCUGAAGAUUGUAUUAAAGCAAAGAAAGAGCUUGAUAUUGCUGCUAAUAUGCUUGUAAAACAUAAAUACACUGAAUUAGCAUUUAUUGAUAUAGAUAAAAAUACUGUUAAAACAUGUACAUCACAAUAUCCAAUGAUUGUUAUGUAUUCAGGAAUUACGGAACGGUCAUGUUUUAGUGACAAUAGACCAAUUACUGCUCAAGUUAUUGUGACAUUAGCAAGAGAAAGAGGGAUAUUUACUAUUCGAUUAAAUUCAUUUAAUCCAGAGAUAGAAAUGAUAGAUCCACAAGAGGCACUUAAAUUGAGAAAAGAGUUAUUAAAAGAGCGUGCUGAUUUAGAAAAGUCUUCAGAGUUUAGUUCUGUUUUAAGUUCAUGGAAAUCUUUUAUUAAAAGAAAAGAUAAUUUGUAUAAGGCUAAAAAAUUCAUCAGAACACUUAAUGAUUAA